AUGACACCUGGAGAACUAGCCCUUGCCAUGGGCAAUCACACACCAGUGACCCAGUUCAUCUUGCUGGGAUUCUCCAAUUACCCAGACCUCCAGGUGCUUCUGUUCGGAGCCUUCCUGCUCAUCUAUGCCGUGACAGUGGCAGGCAACCUGGGAAUGAUGGCCCUCAUCUUCACGGACUCCCAUCUCCACAGCCCCAUGUACUUCUUCCUCAGUGUCCUCUCCUUUCUUGAUAUUUGUUACUCUUCUGUGGUUACACCCAAGCUCUUGGUCAACUUUCUGGCCUCAGACAAGUCCAUCUCUUUCGAGGGCUGUGUGGUCCAGCUGAGCUUCUUUGUGCUACAUGUGACAGCGGAGAGCUUCCUGCUGGCCUCCAUGGCUUACGACCGCUUCAUGGCCAUCUGCCGACCCCUCCAUUACGGCUCUGUCAUGACCAAGGGGACCUGUCUCCAGCUGGUAGCUGCUUCCUAUGCAUUCGGUGGCGCCAACUCUGCUAUCCAGACUGGGAAUGUCUUUGCCCUGCCAUUCUGUGGGCCCAACCAGGUAACGCACUACUUCUGUGACAUCCCACCCCUUCUCCGCCUGGCUUGUGCCCACACAGCCACAGCAAGGGGGGUCCUCUAUGUCUUCUCUGCUCUGGUCACUCUUCUGCCUGCUGCAAUCAUCCUCACCUCCUACAGCUUGGUCUUGCUGGCCAUUGGGAGAAUGGGCUCCACAGCUGGGCGGGAGAAGGCCCUCUCCACGUGCGCCUCCCACUUUCUGGCCAUUGCCAUUUUCUAUGGCACUGUGGUUUUCACCUAUGUCCAGCCACACAGAUCCUCUGGUGAUACCAAUGGCCAGGUGGUGUCCGUCUUCUACACCAUCAUAAUUCCCAUGCUCAAUCCCUUCAUCUAUAGCUUCCGUAACAAGGAGGUGAAGGAUGCCCUGCAGAGGAAGCUCCAGGUUAGCAUCUGUCCCUGCUGAACCUUGCAAGGGUGCUUUUUGGAAUGAAGAAGGCAAAG